AUGUGGAAAAUUGUUGAGUCGAAGCAGCAGCCCUCCAAACGUCGGAGAAAGAGUUCUGUUGAGCGGAGAAAAGAUGCUGCUGCGGCUUUUGUGGCUUCCGCUGCGGAUACUUCUUUCCAUCAACCCACCGUCACCUCCAGUUCUGCAGCGUUGGUUUCAUCACUCGCACGGGAUCUCCGCCGGGCUUCUCAGGUGGUUCAGGGAAUCACAUUUCUCAGACGAGAUGUGUUACUACCGUUGCGAAGGUACUUAAAUACACAUGCGGAUAAAGUUACACGUAUUCAUCUUGUGGCUCUUGGCAUUGGACCUUUUUCUCGACAAGAAUCACACUCAGGAUUUUUGCAAAUGGCACUCCUGUUGGCCAUACAGAAUGAGUGCGAAUGUUUUUUGAGAAAAUCAGCGAAAUCAUGCAGGAUAGAUGGUAUAGGUAAUAUCACGGAGACUACUUUAACACAGGAAUUGAAUACUUCAUCUCAAAGAGAGACGACUAAACUCAUCACAAGAUUUUUUGAUCCAGCGAUAAGCGAUCUUCAUGCUCGCUGCUGCGAGAGAUUUGGUAUUGUGGUUGAGUCAGAAAACUGUUACGGUGCAUAUACACCAAGUGGAGAGCAUGAUUUGCUUGUUGCAUACCUCCCACAUUCUCCUUGGACCCUACUGCGUAAUUUAUUUAUUGCAAACAUAAAAACAUUUAACGACCUUGCGAAUGAUAAACAAGAGGGUUUUCUACAACGUACCUUGGUGAUUGGAAAUGAUCUCCGUGAGAAAUUGACUCGUUCUGACAACUUCAUGGAGUUACUAAUUAAAGUCUUGAAUUUUCACGCUCUUCAACCUCAGGAUAGCGGCAAAAGUGUUUUAGAGGCGGAAAAUUUAGAGACUCAUUCACAUAGCGUUCCGAAAGGUAUGAGUCGAUACGACGUUUUGCGUGCGUUCUCUGACACAGCUGUUAUGCAAUUUGAAGAUAAAUGGGAAAAGGAGCUUACAGAGACACUGCAGCAGAUACGUCUUCCACCUAUUGUACGUGGAGGACUUGAUCUUGCUUAA